AUGCCGAAGCAUGUUUUUCCGAGGCUUUUGAAGCAAACUCUGGAUAAUAUAGAAAAUAUGGGAAAAAAUUUGAAGUCCGAAUUUGAAGCAGCUGGGAUAUAUGCAAUUAAUGAAAAAAGAGUCUUAGAUAGAUUGCCUACACAGGAAUAUCCAGAAAUCCAUAAUAAUGCAUCUCAGCAAUGUUUAGAAACGUUUAAAAUGUAUAUCGAAGAUAUGCGAACAAAAGAAUGCAGCACAGCCCCGAAGAAAAAAAGGUGGCAGUUAUUCCAGAUCGUCGAUGAUGAAAGCACUUCCUGCAGUGAUUUAGAAGAAUGGAGGGAAGCAGUUUUGAAUACUGCAAACUCAUCAUCCGAUGACAAUAAUGAAAUCGACACAGUGUUUUUUGAUGAUGUUCAUGACAUGUUUCCUGAUGAUGAUGAAAGAUCGGCGUCACCACGUACAACUAACAUCCCACAUAAUGAGAACCAAGAAAAUGAAGAUCCACUCAAUGUAGACCAAUCGGUCUAUACUGACGAACAAUUUAAAGUUUCUGUACCUAGUGAUGGUGGUGCUGGUUGCUCUAAAGAUAUCGAUACAGAAAUUGUAAAUAAUUCGGAGAUUUCACCAGAUUCUUUUGUUGUUGUCGAAUUACUCUACAAUGAGAAUACGAAAAAACAAACUGAAAAGAAGUUUAUUGCUCAAGUUACGAACAUGGUUAGCGACGGAAAAGUGACCUGUCGCUUCAUGAGAUGUUUUUCAGCUACAAAGGCACCUGAGGAAGCAAUUGCAGAGUCUGAUGAUGAUGACCGUGAAAAUGAUUUGCCGAUAAUACCACCUGAUUCCUGUAUCGUGACUGACGAAAUGGAAGAGUCUGAUGAAGAUAGGGUUGUUAUACGUUGUCACGAGAUGUGCUCGAAAAUAUUGAAGUUAUGGUACGCAAUGAAGGUACUUUUUCAUCCUACUAUGAUUUUAGAGAAGAAGAACCAUUGGCCGUAA